UGGAAGAGAAAAAAAAACCCUUGACUCGACUGGCGCGGUUAUUUGCAGCAGGUUCACGCUAUCAGUAAAUUAGGACAUGGAUUGCAGCUGUGCUAUUACCAGUUUGCGAAAAGGCAGAGACUAAAAAUCGUGCGGGCUGAAAAGGGGGUGAUACAAGAGAGACGAAAGGGUUUUUGCCGUUUGUCCCGCACAGGCUUAUUUGUAUUACAGUAUCGGCGCAGAAAGAGGAGGCCAGUGCACACCACAUAAAGCUAUACCACGAAAUGGUAACGUCUAUUCUGGGUUUUCUAAUCCUGGCAAUAUGUCUACAGCAGUGCGGUUAUGUUAAGGGAUCAAGAACAGAAUGUGAGGCCUCACAGUUCCAAUGUGGAAAUGGACGCUGUAUCCCAUCUGUAUGGAAAUGUGAUGGAGAUGAAGACUGUGCUGAUGCAAGUGAUGAGAAUACCUGUGUGAGGAAGACCUGUGCAGAGGUGGAUUUUGUGUGCAAAAAUGGCCAAUGUGUCCCCAAAAGGUGGCAGUGUGAUGGGGAGCCAGACUGCGAAGAUGGAUCUGAUGAGAGCUUAGACAUCUGUCAUAUGCGGACUUGCCGAGUCAAUGAAUUUAGCUGUGGCGCUGGAUCAACACAGUGCAUCCCGGUGACUUGGAAGUGCGAUGGAGAAAAAGACUGUGACAAUGGGGAUGAUGAAAUUAACUGUGGCAACAUUACUUGUGCCCCUCUGGAGUUCACGUGCGCCAGCGGUCGCUGCAUCUCUCGCAACUUCGUCUGCAAUGGGGAAGACGACUGCGGGGACAACAGCGACGAGGUGGGCUGCGCGCCCUCCUCCUGUGGCCCCAGCGAGUUCCAGUGCGGCAACGCCUCCUGCAUCCCCACCAGCUGGGUGUGUGACGAGGACGUGGACUGUCAGGACCAGUCGGACGAGUCUCCGGAGCGCUGUGGCCGCCAGCCCACCCCUCCGGCCAAGUGCCCCAGCAGCGAGGUGCAGUGUGGCUCGGGGGAGUGCAUUCACCGCAAGUGGCGCUGCGAUGGCGACCCUGACUGCAAGGAUGGGAGCGAUGAGGCCAACUGUCCUGUUCGAACCUGCCGCCCAGACCAGUUCAAGUGUGACGAUGGAAACUGCAUCCAUGGGAGCCGGCAGUGUAAUGGCAUUCGGGACUGUGGCGAUGGCAGUGAUGAAGUCAACUGUAAAAACAUGACCCAGUGUACCGGUCCUGAUAAAUUUAAGUGCAGGAGUGGAGAAUGUAUUGAAAUGAACAAAGUCUGUAACAAGAACAGGGACUGCCCAGACUGGAGUGACGAACCUUUGAAAGAAUGCAAUUUGAAUGAAUGCUUAUUAAACAAUGGUGGCUGCUCCCACAUCUGCAGAGACCUAGUUAUUGGUUAUGAAUGUGACUGUACUCCUGGGCUGCAACUUAUUGACCGUAAAACCUGUGGAGAUAUUGAUGAAUGCCAGAAUCCUGGCAUCUGCAGUCAGAUAUGCAUCAACUUAAAAGGAGGAUACAAGUGUGAAUGUCAUGCUGGUUACCAGAUGGAUCCACCUACAGGAGUAUGCAAAGCAGUAGGCAAGGAGCCGUGCCUCAUCUUUACCAACCGACGUGACAUUAGGAAGAUAGGUUUGGAGAGGAGGGAGUACACCCAGAUCGUAGAGCAAUUAAGGAACACUGUAGCGCUGGAUGCAGACUUUUCCCAGCAGAGAAUAUUUUGGGCAGAUCUUGGACAAAAAGCCAUCUUUAGUGCUUUGUUAGACAGACGAGAUGAAGCCACUGGUCGUGUGAAGAUUAUUGAAAAUGUGCAAACCCCAGUUGGAAUUGCAGUGGACUGGAUAUAUAAAAACCUGUAUUGGACUGAUCUGGGAGCAAAAACCAUCACUGUGGCCAACUUUGAUGGCACCAAGAAGAAAGUCCUCUUUGACAGCAGCCUGAAAGAGCCAGCCUCUAUAGCUAUUGAUCCGUCGUCUGGGUUUGUGUACUGGUCAGAUUGGGGUGAACCAGCAAAAAUUGAGAAAGCUGGGAUGAAUGGGGUUGAUAGACAGCUCCUUGUACAGACUGACAUUCAGUGGCCCAAUGGAAUAACUCUUGACUUGGUAAAAAACAGACUGUACUGGGUGGACUCCAAACUUCAUAUGCUUUCCAGUGUGGACCUGAAUGGUGAAAACCGCAGAAAAAUAUUGGAGUCCCAGGAAUACCUUGCCCAUCCUUUUGCUCUUGCAGUGUUUGAGGAUCGUGUAUUCUGGACAGAUGGAGAGAAGGAGGCGAUCUAUGGAGCAAAUAAGUUCACAGGAUCAGAUGUGAUCACCUUUGCGAGCAAUCUCAAUGAGCCUCAGGACAUCAUUGUUUAUCAUGAACUAAUACAGCUGUCUGGUACAAACUGGUGCAAUAUCAAAGUGCAUAAUGGUGGCUGUGCAUAUCUCUGUCUACCUGCUCCUCAGAUAAACAUGCACUCUCCAAAGUACACUUGUGUCUGCCCAGCUGGUAUGGAUCUGGAUUCAGACAAUCAAAGUUGUAAACAAGCCACAUUGUCCACAGGCUUCACAAAGGAUGAUGGCAAACUAAAGAAAUCUCACACUUACCCUGAAGCUUCUGCAUUGCCAAAGGUGAAUGCCCAUCCAGCUGCUUCAGAGGGGAAUGUGAGUACAUCAAUCCAUGAGGUGAACCCUUCUGCAAAGGGAUCGGCAGCAGCAUGGGCUAUCCUCCCAGUGUUACUGCUGGCAAUGGCAGCUGUAGGUGGCUACCUCAUGUGGCGGAACUGGCAGCACAAAAACAAGAAAAGCAUGAACUUUGACAACCCUGUGUAUCUCAAAACAACGGAAGAAGAUCUCAACAUAGACAUCAGCAGGCAUGCUUCAUCAGUGGGACACACAUACCCAGCAAUAUCAGUGGUGAAUACGGAUGAUGAUUUAUCGUAACCUCUUCCUCAGCUCACUUAGUCUUUUUGGAAACCACACCAAUGGCUGCUAACUAGCAGAUCUACAACCAGAUGCCUUCUGAAGUGCAUUAAGUUGGUUCUGGGUAGGGUGGGGGUGCGUGUUAGGUUUUGUUUAUUUAGUGUACAAUAAUACGUUGUCCUUAAUUCCCAUACAGGACAUGUCCAAGGUAUUUCCUUUCAGGGCAUGAAGCAUUUGCAUUGAUCUAGGGUGACCAUAUUUCCUUGUAACCAUUCCCUUAUGCUUUUUCUGGCAAGCAGGGCAAAUGUUUGUAGGGGUGGGGGAAGUUGGAUUGCCCAGUACAUAAAUGAGAUUGUCAUGUCUAAACUGUAUGGAGGACAGUCACUCUACAUUGAACACUAGCCUCAGCUAUGAAUUGUCUGCUGUAAUGCAGCCUAGUUAUUGUUCCAGGAGCCUCCAUUUGAGAGUUCAGGGUUAAGUUUCUUUGCAGCCAUGUCAAAGACUUCUUCAGUGUGUGAGAAUACUUAAGAUGCAUUUUUUAGGCUAUCAUGUCUUAAAGAUGUAAGCUUUAUAAUUUUUUAAUGGUUUUCUUAUAAGCAUUACCUCCUGAACCUCUUUAUAUAGCUCUCUUCCAAGUUGAAAAUGAGCUGUAUAAGGAAAUGUGCUGUAAAGAGACUUGUAAAACAAGAAAACUGUAAAUAUUCCCAAGAGUAAAUCAGGAUUCUUAAGCACUUUGAUCAACUGUUCCUCUGUAAAUAAGAUUGUAUACAUUUGACUGAAUCACUUUUUUUGCUAUGGUUGGGCAUAGUACCAGGGUAGAAGAAAAAUGUAUUUAAAACUGAAGAUUUGUUAAAAUAUUUUGUAUGUUUGUGUGACGUUCCUGUGAACUUUUAUAGCAGUGUACAGAGGGGAUGAAAAGCUCUGUACCGUGAAGAAAAUUUGCAAUCACUUCAAAUAAAAAAACAAAACCUUUACAAUUUU